AUUUUCAAAUUUGACUAAAUUAAUUUUCCUGAAUGCCUGAUAUUUACUAAAAAAAAAAGUCACAAGGAAAAGUUGCCCUGAGAAAAGUCAUUAGAAACUCAACUUUUUUGAAUUUGCACCACAAAAAUUCAAACUUUAUUUAUUUAUCGCAGUAACAAUAUAUAUGACAGAAUCGGACAACACAGUUGAUAUAUAAGGGGUUUGCCAUUGAUAUAAAUAACUACACGUGUGUAUGUUCCAGUAUUAAAAAAUGUUCCAAGACUAAAAAUCUUAAAAUCAAUGGCUAAUCAGCUGCAGCAUUAGAAGGUGAGGAAGAAGGAAGGAGAGCAGCCAAAAUCCACCCAUGAACAUAUUUAUGAUAUCCUGUUCAUAUUAUAUUUAUGUUAAUCAUAUGCACAUGUUCUGCAGGUGGACUGUCAUAAACAAAUACAUAUUAGAAGGAUGAAUCGAUUAAAGGUGUUUGGCUUUCUAGUUUCUGCAAUAACCUUGGGCUUCAUCUACAAGACCACCAGAAAGCAAUCAAUCCUUCCUUAUAUUCUUUCCUCCAUCUCAAACCCUUUUACCAACACCAGUAUAAAUCCAGAGGGAAUUCUAAAAGAAGGGAAUGGAAUUAUAUUUUUGGAGACUACAGACAGAAUGGAGCCACCAUCUUUAGUGCUGUGUGCUAUUGAGUCAGCGGCUCGUGUGUACCCUGAUAGACCGGUGGUUUUCUUCAUGAAAGGUUUGACUGACAUUAACACAGAAGAGGAUGAGAAACAAGCAAAGAAAAGAUUUCCAUCUCUGUCAUCUCUUCAGAAUGUCUACAUCUUCCCACUCAAAAUGGAGGAAUUGUUUAAGGAUACACCACUUCUCAAGUGGUUCCUGAAGGCUGAUCCUAAACAUGAAACGUACUGGAUCCAUAACCUCUCAGAUGGCUGCAGGAUGGCUAUGAUGUGGAGAUAUGGUGGUUUUUAUUUUGAUUCCGAUGUCAUUUCAAUGCGACCAAUCCCAGAAAUAAACUUUCUGACUGCCGAGCAUGACCAGACAUCUGGCAGUAGUGUUUUUGGUCUCACUCCUCAUCACAGUUUUGCCUGGACAAGUUUGAAUGACUUUGUACAGAAUUACAAUGGAGAUGCGUGGGGAAAUCAAGGCCCAACUCUGUUUACACGGGUUCUGAAACAGUCAUGUGAAUUAUCUGCCUUUAAAUCUCUAGACAAUAUUGUAUGUGGAAAUAUCUCCUUCCUGCACCCUGAGCGCAUCUAUCCAAUACCAUAUGGAGGCUGGAAGAGAUACUUUGAGGUUUGGGAUAAAACACCAACUUUUGAUAAUUCGUAUGCUUUGCAUCUCUGGAAUUAUAUGAAUAGCGUUGAGAAAAAGACUGUAGUUAUAGGGAGUAACACGUUAGUGGAAAAUCUCUAUAAACAGUAUUGCCCAUCAAUUUAUGAACUUCUCGCAAAAAAUGUAACAACAGCAAAUCAACACACGUAGAUAUUCAGCAAACCAAGAAUUAAAGUUGUGUAAUUUGCCUUUCUAUACAUCUUUAUGAGGAUUUUCUUAUCAAAUAAAGGGAAUUUAUAAAAAUAUACAAAAUGAAUUUUAAAAUGUUUGUAUGCAACAGAAUGGUUGUAUUCUCACAAAUUAUUGUUUAUAUGUUGUAUUCCUGAUGUAAAACACUAGAAUUUAUAAAGCGCCCAGGAGGGACUGAAACUUUGCCCUUGUACAUUUGCCCUGUACAUAUGUAUAUGGCUUAAUAAAUCACCUUUACUCCACACAUAUCAUUAGUCUGCUAUAGGAUUUUUUUUCUACAAAAAAUUAAAUUCUAAGAAAAUGU